AUGAAUAACCAAGUACAUAUUUAUGAUGGUGGUAUGUCACACGAUUCACUUAAUGCAUGGCUAGCAAAUAAAACCGGAUUAAUUGGAAAUUCGGUUCAAUCAAACUUAUUAUCACCAAAUAACAAGACAUGGCAUCAAUUAUUCAACCAGAAAUCAUGCAUAUUUACACUAUUUUAUGAAGAUAAAUUCAAAGAAAAAGAAGAACUUUUGAAUGAAAUGAAAAUCACUGCAGAUGCAUUUCAAAGAGAAAAAGACGUUGCUGUUUGCGAAAUUAACAUACACAAAUUCAGAUCUUUCUUCUUUGAUUUUAAAAUCAGAAAAACUCCAAGAUUUCAGUUAAAUGUUAACAAUGAAGAGAUUCUUUAUGAAGGACAUCGCAAUGCGAAGGAUAUGGUUAGCUUUAUAAACAGCUACUGCGAUAAAAUGAGAACAGAAAAAGGAACAUUAAACCAAAAUGCAGGAAUUAUUGAAGAAUUCCAGCCAACAGUUAUAGAAUUUUUGAAAUCACCAUCAGAAAAACAAUUGAAGAGCUUAUUGACUAAAGAAUCCGCAAAUGUUUACAUUGAUAUCAUGAAAUCUAUCCUUGAUCAUGAUGUUAACUGGAUUUACAAGGAAUCAGAACGUCUCCAACACGAGUUUGAUGCUCUUCCUUCUGGAAGUAUUCCUUCUGAUGACGAAAUCAUCAGGUUUAAUGUUAUUUCAGAAUUUAUUUCGCUCAAAGAGGAUAAUAAGCUUUAA